CGACAAUGAGAGCUCGGCUCAUAUUUGAACUGCUGCAGACAGCCAGAAACUUAGCAGCGACACAACGGGGUAGAAUACAGAGGCAGAGCAGAGGAGCAUGGGUUGUCACAACAGCAAAGUUUGUGGCCAGGUCUCCAGGAAAAAGAAAAAAAAUAAAGUACAAGGAGAUGAGAAACACAUAAAGGACAUCAGACUUCAAGAUGGAAGUGGUACACACUCAUCUGAGGAGAAUCUGUUGGAGACUUAUGAGUGUCAGCUAAAGAUACUGCAUGCAGUUUUGACGGCUUCAGGAGACCAGGAGAGAGACCAGCUCCUCAAGGACCAUCCUGGAGACAUCUGCACUUUAGUCCACAGCAUUAUAGAGAAGGUAAAGACUGAGAUAACCGCUGAUCUAAAUGAUCUUCAUGAAAAACAGAUGAGGAGCACCUUAGAGCGGCAUCAGAGCGCAACAGAAGAGCUACAGCGAUUACACGGUGAAGAGAAGAAUGUUUUAAAUGAGUCUCAUGCAGCAGCUGAGAAUGCGCUGAAGGAUCAGAUUGAAGGGCUGACGUCAGAGCUGAAGCUGUUCAACGAGUUAAAGCGCAGAGCGCAGGAGUCCACGCUCAAGAGGGACCUUCAGAGAAAUAUUGAGACUCAUGGCAGCCCUGGUGCGUUCUGGGAGCAGGAGCAGGAGAGUCUGUUAUUUGUCAUCGAAAUGAAGCGUGAGCGUUUACAGGACCAGGGGAACAAGCUGCUGCAGAUGGAAACACUGGUAGAGAAGAAUCUGUCGCUGGAGGAUCAGCUCCUGCAGGCUCUCCAGCAGAGCGAGGACUACAGAGUGCGGAUAGACAACUACCAAAGCCUCAUACAUCAACUGUCCAAGGAGCAGAACGAGCUGCAGGAGGCGCUAGAGAAGCAGUCUCUGCAGAACCAGAAGCUCAGCCAGGAGAAAGAAGAGCUGCUCUUUAAACUCAUACACCGCAGAGACUCGUGCUCCUCCUUCCACCUUCCUUCUGUCAUACCCACACAAGUGUCUCCCAGCUGACCGCAGCAUCCACCCUCAUCACUGUAUACUGACCCCGCCUGGCCUCAGUGCCUUCGCAGUGCUGUGAGCAUGCAGUGCUGAAAUGGACUUACUCACUGCAUUAAUCAUUUCAACUGGCCAAACAAAUAUUUUUGUACAUUUUGUUUGAAGAGACGUUUCUUAUCAAGAGUUUUUGGUUGAAAAUAGCUGUGGAUCUAUGCAGUAGUUACUCAUGUUAAGUCUCUUUGUUAUUGUACAAGGUAUAGUAGCAGUUGGUGCCAAUUUUUGAUAUCGGUUUUGUUAUUUUUAUUUCUUUCCAGGAAACAGCAGGUAUUGUAAGCAAAAAAGACUGUUAUAUUUUUUCUUAAGACAUUAUUGGAGCCAGAGCACUUGGACGUGUGGCAUGAAUAUCUGGGAUCUUUUCAGAUGCACUUGCACUUUUAUCAGUAUUUUAUUUGUUGGAGAGAUAAUGGGCUUUUGGUGAUUACCAAUAUGCUUUCAGUCUACACUUUGCACACAGUAUUUCAGAGGUAGGUAAAAUACUAGGGUCCUAUUGGAUAAAAAUAGUCAUUUUAGCUCAGGCGACUAGUGUUGGCUCAACUAGCAUGUGUAUUUCAAGAAGAGACUAGUUUAGCCAUCUUCUGUUUUGUCACUCUGACAAACCCAAACUUUAAAAGAAUAAUCUGAAAAUUCUGAACAAUCCCAGUAUGCUCCUUAAAGUUACUGAAUACUUUAAAGGAAUAGUUCACACAGAAAUGUGGAGAAAUUUUAACUUUGCAUCAUUUGUUCACCAAUGGAUCCUCUGCAGUGAAUGGGUGCCGUCAGAUUAGGAGUCCAAACAGCUGAUAAAAACAACAGUAAUCCACACCAAUGCAGUCCAUUAGUUAACGUCUUGUGAAAUUAAAAUGUUUAAAAUAAACAAAACCCAUCAAGGCAUUUUAGCAUUAAAUUUGGAGGAAACAAUAUUAUGCAUUAUCAACUUUUAUUUUGUCUGAAAGCAACCGUUUAUUAUUGUGAUGUUUUUAUCAGCUGUUUGGACUCUCAUUCUGACGGCACCCAUUCACUGCAGAUCAUCCAUUGGUCAGCAAGUGAUGGAAUGCUAAAUCUCUCCAAAUCUGUUCUCAUGAUGAAAUCUACAUAUUGGAUGAUCUGAGGCCUGGGUACAUUUUCACCUAAUUUUCAUUUUUGGGUUUCAUUUUCUUCUAAUUGCAGUGAUUUGAUUUUUAAUCUCCCCCUCUUUUUUUAAGCUAUUGUGUAUUAUUGUAAAUGUUCUGCCAUGUAUAUGUUUACUUCUGCAUCAGUGCCUUUGGUUUAAGGUGUUUCCUGGAAAAAUCAAGCAAUAAAAACUGCAUCAGAGGGACUGAGAA